GUGCAUUAAAUACAAGUAUACAUUAUCAUAUUCAAGAAACUAUAGGCUAAUUGGUAUUCAGGAAGAAAGAGAAAAACCCUUAAUUGGUAACUGCUGCAACUGCAAGUCCUUUAUGUUUCUUCUUCCUUUUUGAAAAUCCAAAGCUGAGGAAUCACGAUGGCCACUGAAAAGUCGGUGGUGGCGUUGAUGAGGGCGGCGAGGCCAACCUUCCGCAACCAAAACGAUAAAAUCGCCUUUGCCCUUCACUCCUCCUUCCUCAUCUCUGGCUAUGUCCUCACCGCCACGGGUCCUCAGGCCCUCUCCGACGAUGCCCUUUCUCACCUCUCCAAUGACGAGGAGGUUCCCAUUGAUCACUGGAACGAGCUAAACGACGAGUACGCCUUCGUUUACGCCAACCCUGAAAAGGCCUCGGAGAAAGUGCUUGUCAAGUGCCUCGUCAUGAACGACAAGUUGCUCGUUCAUGCUUUGUCUCAAGGGUCUUCCGAGCCUUUAAGCCUUGAGAUUGUUGUUGGGGACUAUGCUGGAGAGGAUGGGGGCAGCAAUUAUUCUCAUCACUUCAAGAAUUUGGAUAAGCUUGUGAAGAAAAUAGAUGGGGAUAUCUUGUCUAAAUUAGAUGGUUCUGCCAAAACCGCCUCAUCAAGUAGAAGCUCAGAAACAAGUGACCGAGCUAGACAAGAAAUUCCCGAGCCUGUUUCUGGAUUUGGUAAACAUGCUGGUCCAGGAAUUAUUUUUCCUUCAGUGCCCAUGGGUUCUGGUAGUGAUCUUGUUCCUGGGCCUCCAGCUGGAGUGCUUCCUUCAAGGAGUGGUCAUGGUAUUGGUGGGAGCAUGCUUGUAGGGCCUAAUGACCCUCGCUGGUUUGGUGGUAUUGGUGGAGAUCCUGCUUUUCCUGGAGGAUUGCAGGGUGUUCCUCCGGGUGUGCGAUUUGAUCCCUAUGGACCUCCUGGUGUUCCUGGUUUUGAACCCAACAGAUUUGCAAGGAAUCCUAGGAGGCCAGGAUAUGACGCUCAUCCAGAUUUGCAACAUUUCCGGAGAGAUGCUGAUUCAGACUACAUAUAGUAAAGUUGCCGUAAUAUACCACCUUUUGUAAAUAUUCAUUUUCUCUGGGCAAAAUAGAAGACACCGACUGAGCUCUGCUCAUUAUACCGUCAUAUGCAUCACAAUGUGCACUCUAUUAAGUGGUUUUUGGAUUAUUUGGAUAUUCUUACGAUGUUGACUGUGAAUUUAAGAGUAAACCAUCCACACGGAUAGUAUGUUGAUAGGAUUUUAAAUUUGUGAAAAUUAAGGAUCUAAUUGUAAAUUUAUAGUUUAAAUAAGAUUUUCAACCUUAUAUAAUAUUGAUCCCAUUACCAA